AUGAAGUUGAUGGUUUUGCUUGUUUCGUUUGCGACGAUGCAGUUGCUGUGCCGGCAUAUGAGAAUCCAUCGUGGUACCGUUUCCAAGCGUGUUCGGAGACGACCUGCAGCAUCUCAAGAAAACAAUAACAAUUCUUUGAGUGAAGCUAGGAUCACUCUCAAACUAGGUAUUGAGAGCAGAGUCUCUCCAAGUAAUGAACACAACAUAGAUUUGCUGAAAGACAUGGGCUAUCAAGAUACCUCAAUGGAGGGAGGUGCUGAUAGUGAGAGCACAGUGGAGCUAUUAGGCAAUUGCGUGACGAUGAAGAAGCUCGAAACUCAAAAUAGUAACAAGUCCAACAAAUCCAGGACCGGGCAUGGAAGAAGAUCAAUGAAGGAGGCUAUGGUGGUGAAAAGAGUGCACCAAUGUGAGAUAUGCGGCAAGACUUUCGCAACGGGCCAGGCACUCGGUGGCCACAAAACACACCAUCGGGUGAAACCGUGA